CGGAUACACACCCACUAUCCACUAACUUAAGGUAUUGCUAGCUUAAGCCUUAAGCUUUAGGUUGCGUAGGAGCUCCGCCUUUGUCCCCUUCCCUUUCCAAUCAUGAACUUCCCUCCUCAACCUUCACAUCUUCUCGAAAACUCCCAACAACAAAACCCCGGCCCCCAAAACCGACAGCUACCACAACAGCAACCUGUUUACUUGACCAACAGCCCCGGUACCAUGCAGGGUAACGGCUCUGGCGCCGGUCCUGGCGUAAUGUCGAUUGGGCCCACGCCCGCUGGCCAUCAGGCCGAACUUAAUAUUAUCUAUGGCAUGGUCGAGGAGCUGUCGCGUCAGCUGGCUGAGAACAGACGAGUGACCGAAGAUAUUGUCUCAGGACUUGGGAGGGUGCGAAAUCGGGCGCGGGAUCGUGGUUUAACAAAUGACCAGGUGCUUGGAGAAGCGGCAGAUGAAAUAUUUGCGCAAGAACCGAAUUUAGAGGCUCUCGUGUCUAUCUUAACAGAGUCCCUCGACCGCGCUAAGCUCUCCCGUGACGCCAACUUCUCUCUUCUUACCAGCUACGCCCGAGUUCUCGCCAAUAUACUCUCCCAAUUCCACGCGUACAAGCAAAAGCACGUCGCCGACGUAUCUGCCUGGCACCGUUCCUACCGAGCACAGCUGGCCGAAGCCCGCGCCGAGAAUUCGCGCCUACGUGAGCAGAUGUGGGAGAUGCAGGAGCACGCCGGCCGCGCUAACCAGAUGCUGCGCGAGUUCCGUAAGAAAUACGAUGAGAACGAGGAGCGGUGGGAGAAACGUGUAGACGACAAGGCUAGGAGACAGGAGAUCCGCUUCUGGAAACGUAUGGCCAUGCCCGAGGUUGCCGAGUCCGAGGAGGGAUACUGGAGCGAUGACGACGACUUAGUAGACCCCGUCGAGAAAGAAAGGUUGAAGGAGGUAGAGCGCAAAGUUGCCGAACAGGCCCUUGCUGGCGUUGGUAGUACCAGCAGCCAAGGGGAGGAUUCAGAAGGAGAAGGAAGCGAGCCGCGAGCCCUGUCAGCAAGCAUGAUUGGGGGCGUGGCCAUGGAUAGAGAGGGGAGUGAUAUUGCUAGGAUCAUACCGGUACCGCCUCCGAGACCAGCGAGUACAGGGAGUACGGGGAGUAUAGGACAACUGCCUAGCUAGGAGGUUGAGCCGACUUUGCCUAACACUUAAUAUGCAUUAAUAUGGCGUUGAGGCUGAUUCGAUUGAAGAAUAAUACCCCGAAGGAGAACGAUUCGAGCUAGCUAGAUUACUUAUGCUACCUAUCCCGAAGACUGAAGUUAAUAUGAUGUCUUGCUAGUCGCUAGGCUAUCUGCUCCUUUAUCUUCAUGUUGUGCGCUUGUAUACUAGAUUAUAUCAAGGCAUGUUUAUAGCAUUAGCCGUCCCGAGGGAACAAACUCCUUAAUGCAAAUUAUCUUCCCUAAGAUGUUCUCUAGGCGAUCAAAUUCGAAGCACGGUGUUACUUUGACGUGGUAGCUCACCGCUAAUAUUAAUAUAUGCGUAUAAAUCCGAGAUAAUAAGGGCGUGUUGAAGG